ACUGCAAUGCAGAGUCUUCCCCUCCCCUCCGGACCUUUUCUGUGGCCAGGAGCCAAAGGCACAGAGAGAGAGAGAGAGAGAGAUUGAGAGAGAGAAGGGCUGGCCAGACUGGGCUGCUGCGAGGCUGAUCCCUCCCAUGACGCACAGAGAAGAGGGAGGAGGACACAGAGAACCAGGAGGCGAUGCUUGCGAUUUCCUUACUCUUCCCUCCUCUCCUCCCUCCGGCAGCCUUGUCUUGCCUUGCUUCGCCUCCCCUUCCCUUUCUUUCCCCCCUCCCUUAGGACCAUCCUCCUCUUUUGCUGCUGCUGCUGCCUCCGCGUGACUCCUCUGAGCGCGUGCAGAGUGCUUGAGGCGUGUGUCACCCCUUCCCUCCCUCCCUCUUUGGGGCUCAGGCUUUUUCUAGGGCAGGCGAGGAACUGCCCAGAGUCCAGACCAGCAGCAUCCCUGCCUUGGAAAAGCAAAGCCACUUGGGUUAGCCUUUGCUGAGCCAAGAGUGCCAGAGAGAGGAAGACCACCAGCACCCCUGUCAGAAUGUGGCUGCUCUCUUGGCCCCUCUGCCUCCUGGCCCUGGUUGGGCUGGGGGUCCUCCCUGGCCAGACCCUAGGAGAAGUGGUGGGAGAUGAAAAAGCCAGCUUCGGGGACUGCAACGCCUUCUUCUACCAUGGCACCCCCCCUGAGGGUUUCCACCUCCACCAAGAAGCCCAACCUGAGGUGGUCAAGAUCUGCCAGAAGUUCAACCAGGAGCCCCGCUUUGCCACCCUCUACAGCACCCGGGACAAAAUCCCGUUGUACUCGGCUUUUCGGGGAAGCGAAAUGGUCCAGAACGGCCCCAAGGAGAAGGAGGAGGAGAGAUGGCUGGUGGAGCCACAGAUAGAUGAUCCUGAAAACGGCUUGGCAGGAAUGAUGCCCGAAACUGAGGUCACAGGUUCGGUGAAUAACCUGGGAACAAACCAGGCCCUCACUGCAGAUUAUGCAGACUCUGGCUAUGAGAGGGGCCAGUUAAAUCCCAGCUCCCUCCACAAGGAUGACCAUCAGAUAGCCGCAUACACGCUGACCAAUGCCUUCCCAAUGAUGCCACCGCUUCAGGAUGUUUGGCAUUGGGAGGUUGAGAACCUUGUAGGCAGAAGUUUGGCUCCUCACUGUGGAAAUGGGAAGGACCUCUAUCUCAUCUCAGGAGCUGUUCCUUCUUCCGUCAGAGUGAAAGACAAAGUCGCAGUCCCUGAAUCUCUCUGGCUGGCGGCCUGCUGUGAUGAUGGCACUGAAGCCUGGUCAGUGGGUUUUAUUAAACAGGCAGCUGCUGGGAACCGUUUGGAAGAUCUAAGCCUGGAGGAACUUGAAAAGAAGCUAUCAGCAGGGACCCAACUGUUUAAGAACAACUGCGGCCAAGACAGACACGAUCCCAAGAGAUUAGAGGCUGUGUUGCAAUCCGUCAAAGAGAUCCAAGCUGAAGAACCAGCCCCACAAGCGAGAAAAUCUUCUCCGAGCCAUCAAACUGGUGCAGAAAAAGAAGAGAGCGGCUUUCUGAAGAAACUGUUUUAUUUCAUUGUUACCCCUCUCUUCAAACUUGUGAAAUUUAUUCUCUACCUGAUUGGCCAAAUAGUGAAAUAUACCUUUUAUCUCCUGUGGUAUCUUAUCCAGACAAUUAUCAAUGGAGUUUCCACCUUCGUCAAAGGAAUCACCUCAGUGUUGCUGAACAUCUUCAUCGAUUUGGCUCGGGUGGCUGUCAACAUCCUGAACGGCAUUGCGAAAAAUAUCUACAAUGUUCUCAUGGUUACCUACAGGAUUCUCAGUGUCCCAGUUUACCUCAUCCUAGAUAUUGUCUCUUUCCCUUUUUACACACUGGGUGCCGUUCCUGCUGUCCUCCAAGAUAUCGCUUCAGGAGUUGGUGGAGCAUUUUUGUUGGUGAUCAAUGCCACAACAAACAUCGUGACGGGCCUAAAUUAUGUUGUUUCGUACUUAGCCAAAAAGUUUCUUCCGAUUUCUUCUGAUGCCUAAAAAAAGAUGGAAUCAUUAUGGCAAAGAACAACUCCUCUCCCUCAAAAGUCCCCAGGAAGCAAUACUUUCCAAUGCAUUAUUAAUCUUCAGCUUUUCCUAUAAUUAUUUAUUGUGGUGCAUUAUUGGUAAUGAACCGAUGUUCUGGUAACAUGGGUGAGCUACAUGAACCUCAUGGGAAAUUUUGUGACCGAUUAAAAGUCCAACUAUUGUAAAAAAAUAAAAAUAAAUGUUCAGCUUCAUUUGGCUGAUUCAGAACUAUUCCAGGAUCAUGUCAAGGCUUUUGAAAAACACAAAAUAUUCUGAAUUAUGAGAAGAACAAACAAAAAAGGUCUUGACAGGAAUGUAUGGAAAUAAAUAAGAAAUAUGAAAAUAUGUAUAUAUAGAAAAUAUGGAGUAAGAAAUUAUGGUUUACAAGCUUUUCAGUGGUAUCAAAAUCUCUGAAAGUUGUUUGGGUUUCUUGGUAUUAAUUCUGGAAAGAAUUCAUACAAGGGUGAGGAGAGAGUUGACAACAUCAACAAGAAUCCUGUGGUGGACUUACAACUUUGUAAUCGGACUUACGUCUGCGGGAAUUAGAACUGGGCAAUUCCACAAUGUCCAUAUUUUAUAGAGGGCCACUGUCAUGUUACUACAUAGCAGAGCCAGCAAAGUGGCUGUUGCUCAAUGGGAGUAUUGCAUUGGUUCUGAUGCACAUCAGACACCAAUGUGCAUUGGGCACUUUUGCCAGAAUCCUGUUAAGCAUCUUUGCAAUUCACUAACAGUUUCUUAGCAUCUCUGUUACAUAGCUAACUACAAUUGGCCCUAAGUACAGUUUUCCCACUUUCGUGGGGGUUCUGUGCUCCUAACCCCCACGAACAUGGAGAGCCAACUGUAUACAUGAAGUUACUUAAAGAAGAUAUUGAAAUAGGAUUCCAGCAAAUAGUUGCUUAGUCAAGAUGAAGGCAAUGUGUAAACUUGACUUCUUUGUUUAUAAGAGGGGCAUAGCUCCACAAUAUAGCAUCAGUUUUCCAUGCUGGAUGUCCCAGGUUCAAACCCUGGGUACUGAGCGAAUUGGGCUGAGAAAAAACACACCUAAGAUCCCUAUGAGCCAUGGUGUGGCAGAAGAGAAGGAACUCGGUUGACAAAUGGUCUGGUUCAUUGUAAAUAUUUAAAUAUUUGCACUGUUGAUUAUCCUUCCUCUGUCUCCCAGUAUAACUGGGGAGAUGCGUCCUGGCAUUAUUUUACUGAAAUAUCAGGUAUUGUUCCAUGAAGCUAAAAUAAAAUAAUGUGAAUGUUCAGUAAGAAUAAAUGUUGGUGUAAUGCAGUGUAAGAGAGGCCGAGCUAGGAGCCAGGAUAUCUCUGAUAUGAAUGUCAGCUCUGCCUUGAACUUACUAUCCCAAAUGCAUUAAGGUGUCUUUCUUCAAUCUAGAAUGUUUCAGAUGUGUUAGAUUACAACUCCAUUUAUCAUCCAGUCAUUGAGGAUGAUGGAUUCAUUCCUCCUCUUCCUCCUCCUUAAUGAUUAUUGCUUCUCAACACACCAGGGGUGUAGUCUUAACACACCUGGAGGACACCAGGUUGGGAAAUGUUGGAUUAAAGUAACCCAAGCUAUGUGAGAAUAUUCUUGAAGAUGAUUCAGAAAUUGCAGUUGAUAGAGAACGAGGCAGCUAGAUUACUAACUGAGGUGGGUAUAUGGAGAGAAUAUUUCACUAGUCUCAAGCCAAACAGGUCUUUGGUCUGUUAGCAAGUUGAGUUCAAGGUGCUGGUUUUGCCCUUUAAAGGCCUUUCAGACGAGGUUAUUACAAGGAGUGAGUUGCCCUCUAUCCUGUGUUUGAAGGGAUGUCUUUUCCAAGUCACAUUUAGUGAUGAGGAGCCCUACCAAACGCCUUGACGUAUCCCAUCCACACAGUUAGCAUCUGGACAGCAGACUGAGCAACAGGCAUCCAGCUUAUUUUUUUCUUACAGUCUUUCCCACCAUGAUGAAAUGUAUUCUGUUUCUAUUUAAAUGAUAGUCACUAUUUCUAAAUUUUAAUCUAUACCUUAUAAAUCAGCAAAUGCAAAUCAGUGUCCUCUCUCUUGUCUGUUUGGUGAUGUGUAAAUGGCCAUCUUACUGAAGGACUGCAUUCUCCCACCUGAACCUGUUUGGAGUUUGAAAUCUGUGUCUGAAAUCUGUGAAAAUGUUACUUUUUUAUUUUAGAAAGCUUUGAUCUACUUUUGCUGUUUGUGCAAUUUGAGGAAUUGAAAUUAAAAGGAAAUGAGGUUCCCCA